AUGGCUUUCAAUUUUUCGAAAUUUCUGCAGCUCUACGGAUAUGACUUAUUUUUGGGAACUAUUGCGGCUUUCUAUGUUUUCAUGGCGCCCUAUACUAAGGUUGAGGAAAGUUUCAAUCUUCAGGCAAUGCAUGAUAUCUUAUAUCACAGGCAUCACAUAGAAAAGUAUGAUCAUUUGGAGUUUCCAGGAGUAGUUCCUCGAACUUUUAUUGGUGCUCUUGUCGUCUCAGUUUUGGCCUCUCCAGUUGUAUUUACUAUGAAUUUGAUACAGAUACCAAAAGUGUGUAGCCUUUAUGCAGUUCGCUUGUUUCUCGGUUGCCUGGUAUUGUGUACACUUCGAUUUUUUCGUGUGCAGAUUAGAAGGAAAUUCGGUUACCAGGUGGAAGCCUUUUUUGUAAUAUUGACUGCACUCCAGUUCCACAUGCUGUUCUACUGUACCCGCCCCCUUCCCAAUGUACUUGCCUUUGUUUUAGUCAAUUUGGCAUAUGGUUUUUGGCUGAAAGGGAGCUUUUACGCUGCUUUAAGAUGCUUGAUAUUUGCUACACUUAUUUUCAGAUGCGAUAUGCUGCUACUGAUUUCUCCUCUUGGACUGGAGCUAUUGCUGACAAAAUCCAUUUCGUUCUGGAAGGCAGUAAGGACCUGCAUUGGGACUACUUUGUUGUGCAUAGGUCUCACUGUGCUGGUUGAUUCGAUUAUGUGGAGGAAAUUGAUGUGGCCAGAAUUUGAAGUUUUCUGGUUCAACUCUGUCUUGAACAAGAGUUCUGAAUGGGGUACACAUCCAUUUCACUGGUACUGGACUUCAGCACUGCCCCGUUCCUUGCUUUCCUCGUAUCCACUCUUUUUGCUAGGAGUCUUCCUUGAUAGAAGGACUGUCUUCUACAUUGUUCCCGUUCUCUCAUUUGUUCUUCUUUACUCAAAGCUUCCCCAUAAGGAACUUCGAUUUAUUAUUAGUUCCCUUCCUAUCUUCAAUAUGGCUGCAGCAGUUGCUGCUAGCAGGAUAUAUAACAACAGGAAGAAGGGCUUCUGGAAAUUUCUUAAUGUUGCCAUGUUAGGUUCACUCUUGGUUAGUCUAGGAUGUACAGCCAUGAUGUUUAUUGCAUCCUAUGAGAAUUAUCCCAGCGGUUAUGCACUGAAGACUUUACACAGGACAGGUAUCUUGACAAAGAAUGCUACUGAAGUAUGGGUGCAUAUUGACACUUUAUCUGCCAUGAAUGGAAUCUCCCGCUUUUGUGAGAAUGACCAUCCUUGGAGAUACUCGAAAGAAGAAGGAAUUCCUCUGCAGGAAUUGCAGAAAAGAAAUUUCUCGUAUCUUGUAAAAGAAGGGAUUUUCCAGAGCAAAGCUUCGCCGUGGUUUUCCUCCCAUAUCACUGGUUAA